AUGGGCAGAGCAUCCGACCCUCCACCCAGCUACCGCGACGACCCAGAAGCUGUCUCCCUCCAUACCACCCCCGACGACUACACUUACGAUGAUGCUCCCGAGAUCUCCGCUCUCCCUCCCUCUUACACUGACAGCGAGGCCGGAAACAGCACCACCAUCACACCAGACAUUCCCAUCCGCCAUGUCCCACCCCCAACUACACGAACCAACCACAACAGUCCGUCUUUCAAGCACGGCAAACCCGUCGUAACCUCCACCAUCAACGUCCUAGAACCCCAGUACGACACAAACCCCUCCGAACUCGAAUCUGCCGUCCGCUCCUUCGCAAAGGUCGCCCCAGUCCCUCUCGUCUAUAUAAUGGGUACGCACCGCGAGACAGUCAAGAAGGGCGAUAAGAAGGAGACCCAGCACAUCACCGACUUCCGGCUCGUCAUAAACCUGCAGCGCUACCUCCGUCCCAACUUCGAUGACAGAGAUACUUCAACAAUGUUCCUCACAACCGUUGAAAACAGCGAGAAGACGCAUCGAGGUACCAUCCUCAAAUGUAGGGCUCCGGGGUCUACACAAGAUAUCGAAGUCGGGGGUGCGCCAAAAGCGGGCUUGACGGAAUGGUGUCAUAGAUACUGUGCUUCACCCCGAGCCCUUCGGAUUUUCCGGCUGCGGCGUGUGGUGACAGGGCUCGAUGAACAACACCUCAAGAAUAGGCUUGAGGGAAUCAUCAGAUCCACGAAUUAUCGUGGGAACAUUGCCAUCACCUUCCCUGUUGAAGACGAGCAUGUCGAUUUCUACACAAGCUCGAAAGUGAACACUUGGAGGCUCAAGACGUGGGUGUGUUGGAUCUUCUACUUGACCUUUUUGUGGAUCUUCAGCUGGCCGGUGCUGUUCUUUGCGACCAAGAGGUAUGCUGUCGUAAAGGCUGAGUGGCCAUUUUCGAAAGUUGAUAGUCAGAUGAUCAAGGAGUAUACGACGGUUAGUGAGGAGGAGUGGGUGAGUCAGUGGCAGGUGGCGAUUAGGAGGCUGGUGCUUGAUCGUUAUGAGGGCGAGGCGAGUGAGGAGAUGAUGAGGGGGGUCAUGGAGAGAGAUGCUGAUCCGCCUAUGCCGGGGACGAUUCGGACGGGGCAUGCAGGUGUGGAUGGCGCGGUAGGGUUUCUGAGUGAGGGCAUUAGGGUUGCGAGGGCACUUUCGGGGGGUGAGGGGCUAGGCAGCGGGAUGCAGGGUGGAUGGGGGUACGAUUCGUGA